AUGUCCGGCAUGCCUGGCAAACCCCGCGCCCUCCCCCACCCCAAGAACCCGCCGCCGCCCCCGUACACCUCUCCCCAUCUUCUCCGGGACUCCCUCCACUCGUCCCCCCUCAUCCAAUUCAACAAGUGGCUUGCGGAAGCAUCGGACCCUAAUGCUCCCACACCCGUGCGCGAGCCGGAAGCCAUGGCGAUAUCCACCGUCUCGCCAUCGGGCGUCCCCUCGUCCCGCUUUGUCCUCCUCCGCGGAGUGGACGACCGCGGUUUUGUAUUCUUUACAAACUACACGUCGCGCAAGUCGCGGGAGUUGGCGGAGAAUCCCAAUAUCGCGAUUGUGUUCUACUGGAAGGAAGUCGCGAGGCAGGUGAGGGUGAUUGGGCGGGCGGAGAAGGUCGAGAAGGAGAUCAGUGAUGAGUACUUUGGGGGGAGGCCAAGAGGGAGUCAGAUUGGCGCGUGGGCGAGCGAGCAGAGUAGUGUGAUUGGGGAGAAAACGCUCAAGGAGAGGGUGGAGGAGUAUGAGGGCAAGUUUGGGGAGGGGGACGUUCAGCGACCAGAGCACUGGGGCGGAUGGAGAGUCAUUCCAAACGAGGUGGAGUUCUGGGCGGGUCAUACCUCCAGACUGCACGAUCGAUUCAGGUACCUCGUUCAGCCUGAUGGGUCUUGGAAGGUCGACCGUCUCGCUCCCUAG